AUGGCAGCUUCACCCCUGAAAGUGUGCAUCGUGGGCUCGGGGAACUGGGGUUCAGCUGUUGCAAAAAUAAUUGGUAAUAAUGUCAAGAAACUUGAGAAGUUUGCCUCCGUGGUCAAGAUGUGGGUCUUUGAAGAAACAGUUAAUGGGAGAAAACUGACAGACAUCAUAAAUAAUGACCAUGAAAAUGUAAAAUAUCUCCCUGGACACAAGCUGCCAGAAAAUGUGGUUGCUAUCCCGAACCUCAGUGAGACUGUGUGGGAUGCAGACCUGCUGGUGUUUGUCAUUCCCCACCAGUUCAUUCACGGGAUCUGUGACGAGAUCUCUGGGAAAGUGCCCAAGGGCGCGCUGGGCAUCAGCCUCAUCAAGGGCAUAGACGAGGGUCCCGAGGGGCUGAAGCUCAUUUCCGACAUCAUCCGAGAGAAGGUGGGCAUUGACAUCAGUGUGCUCAUGGGAGCCAACGCUGCCAAUGAGGUGGCUGCUGGGAAGUUCUGUGAGACCACCAUUGGCUGCAAGGUAACGGAGAAUGGCCUUCUCUUCAAAGAACUUCUGCAGACUCCAAAUUUUCGAAUUACAGUGGUUGAUGAUGCAGACACUGUUGAACUUUGUGGUGCCCUGAAGAACAUUGUGGCCGUGGGAGCUGGGUUCUGCGACGGCCUCCGCUGUGGCGACAACACCAAAGCCGCCGUCAUCCGCCUGGGGCUCAUGGAAAUGAUCGCCUUCACCAGGAUCUUCUGCAAGGGCCAAGUGUCCACGGCCACCUUUCUGGAGAGCUGCGGCGUAGCUGACCUGAUCACCACCUGCUAUGGGGGCCGGAACCGCAAGGUAGCAGAGGCCUUUGCCGGGGCCGGAAGGACCAUUGAAGAAUUGGAGAGGGAGAUGCUGAAUGGGCAGAAGCUACAAGGACCUCAGACUUCCACUGAGGUGUACCGCAUCCUCAAACAGAAGGAGCUGCUGGACAAGUUUCCACUGUUCACUGCGGUGUACCAGAUCUGUUACGAAGGUAAGCCCGUUCAAGAGAUGUUGUCUUGUCUCCAGAGCCAUCCAGAGCAUAUAUAA